GUUCUGCACGCCGUGCCUGCAGCAGUGCCUGAAGCCCAAGAAACCUGUGUGCGGGGUGUGCCGCAGCUCCCUGUCCCCUGGCAGCAGAGCUCUGGACCUGGAGAAGCAGAUUGAAACCACAGAAACCACUUGCCAUGGCUGCAGUAAAAAAAUGUACCUCUCAAAGAUGCGCAGCCACGCGGCCUCCUGCUCCAAGUACCAGAACUACAUCAUGGAGGGGGUGAAGGCCGUCACGAAAGAGCCUCUCCACAACACCAGGAACUUCCCCAAUCGCUUCACCUUUCCCUGUCCAUACUGCAGUGAGAAGAACUUCGACCAAGAAGGACUAGUUGAACACUGCAAAGCACUGCACAGCAUGGAUGCAAAACAAGUGGUUUGCCCAAUUUGUGCCUCAAUGCCAUGGGGAGAUCCAAACUACAGGAGUGCUAACUUCAUGGAGCACCUUCAAAGACGACAUCGCUUCUCCUACGACACUUUUGUGGACUACGAUGCUGAUGAGGAUGACAUGAUGGCACAGGUUUUGAUGCGCUCUCUGAGGGACAAGUGA